AUGAUGAACCUUAUUUUCAAAAUCAGGAAAUCGAAAGCGUGCCCAUCUAUUACACCGGAAGAUUUGGGGACGCUGGUGUAUGGAGAAUCCUUAGGACUUCCUUCCAUUAUGGAUAUUUGUGGGACGUUGAGUUGUGGGGCCGUGAUUGCAAUACGAGUGGCUAGAGGAUCAUAUCAGCACGGCAUUAUUAUUUUGAGGACUAAACUGGAGCCCAGUGGGCUUAUAUAG